GGUCAGAGAGCGUCACUCACAAGCCAGAGUGUGAGGGAGAGGGUCGCGUGGCAACUACCUCAGUCUGAGUGCCCCCCUAAUAGUGCCAGCAUGCCGCGUGGACGCCCCAGGGGCUCCGGGAUGGCGGUAGACAAGCCCCGAGGCAGGUUGUCAGCUUACGCCUUCUUCGUACAGACGUGCCGCACAGAACACAAGAAGCUUCACCCAGAUGAGAACGUGCAGCUCGCGGAGUUCUCCCGCCAGUGUUCUGAGCGCUGGAAGACCAUGUCUGAGGCUGAAAAGAAGAAGUUCCACGAUUUAGCGGACCAGGACAAGAUACGUUACAACGCUCAGAUGCGGGACUUUGUUCCACCAGGAGGUCUCGGUGGGCGUCGAGGGCGGCGAUCGCGAGGCAACAAGCCGCCUAAGGACCCAAACAAGCCCAAGCGCGCUCUCUCCGCCUUCUUCUACUACGCCAACGACGAGCGGGCCAAGGUGCGUGCUGCAAAUCCCGACUUCUCCGUAGGGGAGGUGGCCAAGGAGUUAGGGCGGCAGUGGAAUGAGCUUACUGAGAACGACAAGCUCAAGUACGAGAAGCUAGCCGAAGAGGACCGCGCCAGGUACGACCGAGAGAUGACAGCGUACCGGGCCGGGGAAGCACCACCUAAGAAGCUGAAGGCUACCAAUGGUCACCCGGCGGUGGCGGAGGUAACUCGAGAUGACGAUGAUAACGAAAAUGGCCUUGCCCCUGACGAUGAUGACGACGACGACGACGACGACGAAGAAGAAGAGGAUUAAUUGAGGUGUUUGGGACGGUCGUGUUGGUGACGGUGUGGUGAUAGUGUUAUGAUAUGAUGUACAAACUUAUUUUUAUACGGCUAAGCCCUGUACAUUUUAGGGUGUAAGGCGGCCCGCUGGCCUCUCUCAAGGAUCUUCACCACAGCAACGUGUAUCAGGACCAUGUACUUAAUGACCUCAUUUUUGAACGUUUAAUUUAGUUUUUAUAUUUUGUAUCAAUAAACUGGAAAAAAAGGAAGUGAUGUGUCUUUCUCCGCAAGCUGAGCGGCCAGAUAACGCCUAUGGCCACCACGGCCCCGGGCUGCCAGGAGGCCGCGGGAGACGAAAUUUACAUAACCAAGUACGACUCAGCGCCAUUUUUAAAUCUGAAAAUUCACAGAUUGUCUUCCCGCUGCCUGGAGACCUGGGUCGCCUGGUCAUGGACGUUAUCUGGCUAGAAUGGGAGGGCGAUGUAAUUAAUAAAAACACCUAAUUGAAAUUUUAAAUGUAACGCGCACACGCUAAAUUACCAACCUACAAAAUGUAUGUGUGACUAGGAUGAGUUUGAGUUUGCAGUUAGUGUUAUUACUGUUUUUGGGCUAUAUAGUUUAGUACCGAGUCGCAGUUCAUUAUUAUGAAGUUCCCGGACGAUGCUCGCGCAAGGUAGUGAAAAUGGGAAGUAAAAAGGCUCUGCUACGGAGUGAAAGCAAGUAGGAAUAUUGCGUGUCCACCUUCAACAUGACCUCUAGUUUUACCGUUUCAGAAAAAAAAAAAGAUAAUAAAUAAAUAAAA